UUUUAAAAUGGGGAAAAGCUUGUUUGUGUUUAUGUUGUUCCUUGUUUUUUUCGCUGCAGAUGAGACUUUGGUGAGUGUGACAGAAGCAAAAAUGUGUAGAACGACCGGCCAUAUGUUUAGUUGUGCGAAUGAUUGGAGUUGUAAUAGAUCUUGCGAAAAACAAGGCUUUGCUGAAGGCAAAUGUGAUGGUAUUCGUCGUCGUUGUACGUGUUACAAGCAGUGUUAA